AUGGCAAAGGACAAGGACAAGUUUCCGUCGAAGAAAUCUUCCAGCUCUACGGAGAGCAAGAGUUCGAGCAAAGGCGAGAGCAAAAGUACUAGCAAGGGUGAAGGCAAGAGUUCCAAGAAGGACGCCGCCAGCAAGUCAUCCAGUCAUGCCCCGAGCAGAGCAGUCAGUAAAGCUGCACCCAUUAAGUCACCGCCCAGCAAGGGACAUAGCAAAGCAUCCAGCUGGGCACAUAGCAAGACACCCAGCAAGUCGCCGAGCAAGGCUUCCAGCAAGGCUUCCAGCAAGGCUUCAAGCAAGGCUUCAAGCAAGGCUUCCAGCAAAACACCCAGCAAGACACCCAGCAAGACACCCAACCAGACACCCAGCAAAGCACCCAGCAAGGCACCCAGCAAGGCACCCAGCAAGGCGCCGAGCAAGGUUGCUAGCAAGGCUUCCAGCAAGGCACUCAGAAAGUCACCCAGCAAGUCACCCGGUAAGGCACACGGAAAGGCUGCCAGUAAAGUGGCCAGCAAGUCCCCGACCAAAGCGUCCAGUAAAGCCGCCAGCGCUGUUCCGAGCAAGAGUGCUUCCGAGAAGUCGCCUUCCAAAGCUCCGAGCAAGGCUGGCAGUAAGACUGGCAGUAAGACUGGCAGCAAGACAGCCAGCAAGGCGAUGACCAGGGCACAGAGCAAGAUCGCGCACAAGAGUCCAAUGAAAGAAGGGGGCCGCAAGUCCUCUGGCAAGUCGGGCAGCAGGGUCGCCAAGGCUCCCUCCAAGAUGGCCUCACGGUUGGCCUCCAUGGCGCCGUCCGCAGCAGGUAGCCCCGAGAGAGGGGCAAAGCAGACGCUCAAGCACUUCUUCGCCAGCAAGACAUCCUUCUCGAAGGCGUCCAGCGCAUCUAAGUCAUCAGGCAAGUCGAAGAAAAGCGGCUCGGACGAGGGCCCCCAAGAAAAAGCCCCCAAGGCAGUCUCCAAGGCGGCCGGGAAAGCCAAGCCGGAUUCGAAGGCGGCUUCGAAGCAGGCUCCCAAGACGGCUGCGAAGAAAUCAUCGCCGGCCUCGGAGUCGGGCUCCCACGAGUCGGGCGGCGGCGAGGAAGAAGAGGAGUCGUCUCCCGAGAAGAAGCCACAGCAAAAGAAAAAGGCGAAGAAGGAUGAAGAUGAGGGUGAGGAGAGCAGUGAGGAAGAGAAGGCGUCGAAGAAGAAGAGGAAAGGUUCCGGCGAUGAGAAGGAGGAAGACGAAGAGGGCAAAGAGGGCGAAGAGGAAGAGGAGGAAGAGGAUGAGGGCAUAUACAUGAGUACGACGGAGUUCGAGGCCUACAUAGCUCGCCGAGAAUGCAUACGGGACAUCGGCAAGUGCAUACUGAUCAUACUGAUGACGGCCUGCGUCGCCUACCUCUUUCACGUGUGGCGACAGCACGACAAGAAGAAAUAUGGCACCGGCAUCGUCACCCAGCGUCACACCCCGGCCUACACCGAAGAAGAAGAGAACGUGACCGUCGCUGUCGACGACGUGGAACGUUUCGCCAUAGACGACCAGGACGCAGUGCCCACGGAAUUCGGCGAGGCCAUUGGAGACUUCUAGAAAGAU